GACUGAGAUAAACUAUUAAGGAGCCCCAUCAGCCACGGAGCCAAAUUCAGCGCCCGUCCGCUUAAAAAUGGCUAUGCGUCCGCCUGCGUCGUCGUCGUCGUUCCGGUGGCAGAAGCCCCGGCCGCUGCACCGCCGCCUGCCGCCGCUCCUCCUCCUCCUCGUCUCCGCCGCCUCCUUUCUCCUCGCUCUCGCCUUCGCCCGUGCGGCCGCCGCCGGCCUCCUCCGCCACGCCAAUUCCUUCGGCCGACGGUGCUCCCCGGAGGGGUAUGUAGGCGAGGAGGCCGAGGCUGCGGCGGCGCAGCAGCAGCGGAGGCGGCCGCGCAUCGCGAUGGUGAGCUUCUCCGACGAAGCGGAGGGCGGCGGGCGGCUCCGAUCGUUCCGCGGGGUGGGGGAGGCGGUGGCGGGGAACAAGCGGUCGUACGCCGGCGGGAUGGGGUACCGGUACGUGGACGCCAGGAAGCUGGUGGAUCCUGGCCGCCCGCCUAGCUGGAGCAAGAUCCUGGCCGUCCAAUCGCUGCUUCCGCGCUACGACUGGGUCUUCUGGAACGACGCCGACACGAUGGUGAUGAACCCUUCGAUAUCUCUUGAGAGUAUUCUUCAUGCUGCUAUUGGGCACAUGGAUUUUGACAAGGCUCCUGACCUAGUGGUCACUGAGGAUACCAAUGGGGUCAAUGCAGGAGUCUUCUUCGUGAGACGAUCAAAGUGGAGCGAGAGGUUCUUGCAGAUAUGGUGGAACGAAACCUCCUUCAUUCAAUUUGGAUCCACAAAGAGCGGCGACAACGACGCCCUCAAGCAUCUCAUCUACGGCCUAUCCGAAGAAGAGUUGCAAGCCCAUGUGGCCAUAUCGCCCAUGCAAUGCCUCUUCAAUUCGUAUCCUUGGAUUCCCACUCUUAAGUCCGUGCUGCGUCUUCUCGCCUCUCCUAAAGCUACUUGGAACGGAGUCUACUCUGAUGGUGAUUUCUUGCUGCACCUUGCUGGCGUUGAUGACAAGAGAAAAUGGGUGGCCAACUUGAUAGAGGAAAUGCACACUGUUUGGCCGAUGAAAGAAAAAUAGUUAAUCACCAGAUUUCUACAACAUUAGUUAGCAACAACGUGAACAUCUUGGAGCACAAUAGUAACUUGGAGCAACCCAAAGAUCAGCGUGCUUCAACAAAAUCUUGCAGUCUCAUUGCCAACGUCCUUUCUUGCCAAUUUUGUGCGGCAACCUUGGGGACUUCGACAACUACCAUUUUCUUUGCUACUGAUUUUGGCACUGACGUCCUUUGCUGUUGGCAACCCGAGGUUCCAUCACCGCUACUUUUCAUCCUUUUCAUCGGAGUCAAAUAUUUAUUUUUUGAUGUCAGAUACUCAACGAUAUCAAGGUUUAGACUGAUGUCAAAUUUGUCACAUUGUUGGUCAUACUGGUAUUCAUUGCUCUAGAAGAUUUGAUUGAUCUUAUAGUC